AUGGCUAGAAUUACGACAGAUAUGAGGCAAGUCAAGAGUGAAAAUCUCGUGAACCGUGACCAUGCUACAAGUAAUCGGUAUAGUCUUACACAAGCUCUAUCACGAUUACGAUCAGUAAAACCUCGACAAAAUCCUUCAACAGAUUUUGUACCUAGACCAUUGACUUUAUUACAAAAAUUAUCAUUAGCACCAAUAAAAUCAAGUGAUCAUCGAGCUAUUCCAUUUGAUAUAAUAGUUCGACAACAAUUCAAAGAUUUACUUAAUGAACCUAUAUCUAAACAACAUCAACGGUACUUUAGUAAAUAUUUCACGGAUGAUAUAAGUACCAAAACAUUUACUAUCAAAGAAUUUGGUCGAUUAUUUCAAUUAACAUCUUUACUUACUAAAAGAAUUUUAAUAGUAUUUAAUUUAAAUGAAUCAUAUGAAAAAAAUUCGAUAUCAGGUGAAGAUAUUAUUCGUAUAGCUCGUCUUCUUUGGAUUUCACCAAUGCCAAUCAAAGCUUUUAUACUUUUUAAAUUAUUUGAUAGCAAUGAUAAAGAUAUAAUAUCUAUUAAUGAUAUUCGUUCAUUUUAUGAACAAUAUUUAUCAGAAGUUAAAUAUUUUAAAGAUGAAAAAAGACUUCAUGAAAUUGUAGAAAUAUUUUUACAAGGAUUUUUUCCAUUAAAUAAUGAAAAUCAACAACAACAGCAGCAACAAGAAUUAAAUUUUGAACAAUUUCACCAAAUUCUUCAACAAAAUCCAUCUGUAUUUCAAUCACUCUAUCUUAUUAGUAUACCUGAUCAAGAUAAUGAAGAUGAUGAACAAACAAUUUGGUUUAAACGAUGGUUGAUGUAUAUUAAAAAUAAUGCAAAUCGUAUUGCUUUUCUUAUUUUAUAUAUGUUAAUAUCAAUUGCAUUAAUUAUUUAUGUGAUUAUUUAUCGAGUUAUAGUUCUUGAAAAUCAUUCUGUACCACAAGUUAUUGCUCGAAUUGGUGGUAUGUUAGUUAAUUUUAAUUAUGCUCUAGCUGUUAGUCUAAUGCUCAAACAAACAAUGACUAUUAUUCGACGUUUAUAUUAUCUUCGUAUAUUUAUACCAGUUGAUGAUCAUAUUGAUGCACAUCGUUUCGUCGGUACAAUGCUAUUUAUUUCUGCUAUGAUACAUUCUCUUGCUUAUGCAAUUAAUUUUGCUAUAAAUCUUGACGGACAUUCAUGGUUUUCAUUAAUAUUUACAACAGCUGCAGGAAUUGGUUGGGUUGGUCAUUCAGCAACUAUAACUGGUGUUAUUCUAUUUGUAUUACUUAUAAUUAUGGUUAUUUGUUCAUUUCAAUGUAUUCGACAACGAUCUGGAUGUUAUCAAUUAUUUCGUUAUACUCAUUAUUUAUUUUGGCCAAUUUUUAUUCUACUUGUACUUCAUGCACCGAAUUUUUGGAAAUGGGCUAUUGGACCAAUGGUAUUAUUUUGUUUUGAAAAAAUUUAUUUAUUUAAACGGCAUUUACCAAAAUAUGGUCGUACAAAAUUAAUUUCAAUUCGAAUUGAAGAUGAACAUGUUUUAUCACUGAUGAUUGAAAAACCAUCAAAUUUUAAUUUUCAUGUUGGAGAAUAUAUUAAUAUUUGUUUACCAAAUAUUGUUCGUAAUGAAUGGCAUCCAUUUACAAUUUGUAGUAGUCCAGAACGAAAAGAUAUAAUUCGUUUAACUAUCAUGAAAAAACAAAAUUGGACAAGAAAAAUCUAUGAACAUUUUUCAAAAGAACAAAAUUCUGAUAAUAAUGAUAUGGCAGAAAUUAUUGUGGAUAAUUUAAGCAAUAAUUCAGAAACAAAUUCAAGAAAUAUGUCACUUUAUCCAAGAGAAAUUACAUUUACUGAUAAACAAAAAGAUGCUAUUGCUUGUAUAGAAGGUCCAUUUAGUACUUGUACAUCGUAUAUAUUUGAUUGUGAACAUGUUGUAUUAGUCGGGGCUGGUAUUGGCAUAACACCCUAUAUAAGUGCUUUAGAAAGUUUAAUCUAUCAAUUACGGGAACAACGUUGUAAAUGUUCACGAUGUGGCACAAUGAAUUAUACACAAUCAGUAUUAAAAAAUCAAAAAUUGAAAAAAAUUGAUUUUAUUUGGGUUAAUCGUGAUAUUGGAAAUGUUUCAUGGUUUCGAAAUAUUCUUGAUGAAUUCGAAGCUGAACAAGAAUCAUAUUUAGCUUCUACAACACCACCAGAAAGAACUAAUUCACAAGAACAACGAUCAAGAUAUCUUGAUAUUCAUCUUUAUUGUACAUCAAUACGUAGUAAUGAACAAACUAUGUUAGGAAAUCUUCCUUAUCAUCUUGUUGCUAAUAUGUAUGAAGUUAUACGACAUGAAGAUGUGCAUACACAAUUAAGAACACCAACACAUGUUGGACGACCACCAUGGAAAUUAUUAUUUGCAAAAUUUAAAGCUGAACAUCGAUCAACCAAUGUAUUUUUUACUGGUAAUAGAAUUAUGGCAGAUGAAAUUAAGAAACAUUGUGAUGAACAUAGUUUUCGAUUUCAAAAUGAACCUUAUUUUUAA